CGCCCGUGGCCGCCGCGCCAGCGCCAACGCCAACGCCAACGCCAACGCCAACGCCAAGUUUGCGCCCCUGGAGUUGGCGGCGGUUCGCGGCCGCCGGCCUCCCGCUCAGCCCUCCGCCAGGGAGGUGGCGGUGCGUCCCUGGUACAGCGGCUCGAGAGCAGCCGGGCGGGAGGACGCCGAGGAGGGCGGUGCGGGCUGGGGCUGGGGCCGGGGCAGCCGCCUCCCGAAGAUGCAGGAUGGCAGCAGAGCCGCCGCCGCCCAGCCUCUCCUACCGGACCACGGGCUCCACCUGUCUGCACCCGCUCAGCGAGCUCCUGGGCAUCCCGCUGGACCAGGUGAAUUUCGUGGCAUGCCAACUUUUUGCGUUGUUUGCUGCUUUUUGGUUUCGCCUCUACCUGAGUCCUGGUAAAACAAGCCCGGAUGUCAGGCACAUGUUUGCUACCAUUUUUGGCAUCUAUUUUGUCAUCUUUUGUUUUGGCUGGUACGUCAUACAUCUCUUCGUGCUGGUGUUACUGUGCUAUGCAAUCAUGGUCACUGCAAGUGCGUCUAAUAUUCACAGGUACUCCUUUUUUGUGGCAAUGGGAUACCUGACAUUAUGUCACAUCAGCCGAAUAUACAUCUUUCAUUAUGGGAUUCUCACUACAGAUUUUUCUGGGCCCCUGAUGAUUGUCACUCAGAAGAUCACAACUUUGGCUUUCCAAGUUCAUGAUGGAUUAGGUCGAAGAGCUGAAGACCUCUCUGUGGAACAGCACAGGCUUGCCAUAAAGGCAAAACCCUCUUUUUUGCAAUAUUUAAGCUACCUUCUCAAUUUCAUGAGUGUCAUCGCUGGCCCGUGCAACAAUUUCAAGGAUUACGUAGCCUUCAUCGAGGGAAGACAUACACACAUGAAGUUGCUGGAAGUGUACUGGAAGCAAAAAGGUCUCCACAGCUUUCCAGAGCCUUCUCCCACUGGAGCUGUGAUAUACAAGUUAUGCAUCGCCUUGGUGUCUCUUUUUUUGUUUCUGACACUCACAAAGGCCUUCCCUGUCACCUGCCUUCUUAAUGACUGGUUUCUCUACAAAGCAAACUUCCUGACUCGACUCUGCUACUUAUAUGUUGUCAUGCAAGCCUCAAAACCCAAGUAUUACUUUGCGUGGACAUUAGCUGAUGCAGUGAAUAACGCAGCUGGCUUUGGGUUCAGCGGAGUGGAUAAGGAUGGAAAUUUCUGUUGGAAUCUGCUUUCUAACCUAAACAUCUGGAAAAUUGAGACUGCUACAAGUUUCAAAAUGUACUUACAAAACUGGAAUAUUCAGACAGCUACUUGGCUAAAGUGCGUGUGCUAUGAGCGGGUUCCAUGGUACCCCACGGUGCUAACCUUCAUCCUGUCUGCUUUGUGGCACGGCGUCUACCCUGGAUACUAUUUUACCUUCUUAACUGGAACCCUGGUCACCUUAGCAGCUAGAGCGGUGAGAAACAACUACAGGCAUUACUUCCUUUCUUCAAAAGUUGUCAAGGUCGCUUACGAUGUGGUCACCUGGGCUGCCACUCAGCUGGCUGUGUCUUACACGGUCGCGCCCUUUGUUAUGUUGGCAGUGGAACCAACCAUCAGUUUAUACAAGUCCAUGUACUUUUAUUUGCACAUCAUAAGUCUCCUGAUAAUACUAUUUCUGCCAAUCAAACCACAAGCUCAUGCUCAAAGGUGGCCUCAGACUCUGAACUCUGUUAAGAAGAAGAAAGCAGAUUGAUACCUCCGAGAAGAGGUAGAGCCGAAAAACAUGUGAGAGAUGAGAUGGAAGGGCUCACGGAUGCUCCAGGGAUGUGGAGGCGAUGUUUACAUGCAUUUUUUUUCUUUUUUUAAAAUGCAGGGAAGUAUUUUUGUAAAGCCUUUUUGUACAGAUAAAUCGGCCACGUCCAGUUUAUUUGUUUGAAUAUUUUACAGGACAUUCAAGUGGGGUGGAGGAUGUGCGGGAGCUGCAGAGACGGUCUGCUCCGGCCUACGGGCUCCUUGCUUUUCUGGCAUGAUUCCAGCCCCUGGAUGCUGGGACGCAGGCAUCAGCUCCGGAACUUAGGAGGCGAUUGCUAAAAAGGCUUGUUAUUCAGGACUUACCCAGAUGUGGCUGUUCCCUUGGGAAGCCAUGGGCCCUUGGACUUGUGACAUAACUGGUUUCCAGACACAAUAACUACACUCAAAGGACUGUGGCUUUCUAGAUUUGAG